AUGCCAAUCACCAUUCGAAGAGCCACGAUAGACGACAUGCUCUGCAUGCAAAACGCCAAUCUGCACAACCUUCCGGAAAACUACCUGUUCAAAUACUACAUGUACCACAUCCUCUCGUGGCCCGAGGCGUCGUUUGUGGCCACUACCACCGAUGAUGUGGGGACCCCUGGUGAGUUCGAGGAGCUUGCCUCUGGAGCCAAUGCCUCUCGGUGCAAAUGCGAUCCAUGCUACGUUCGUCCGGGCGAAAAACUUGUGGGCUACGUGUUGGCGAAGAUGAACGACGAUCCGGCCGCUGCUCAGAGCCCGGACGCGCUCAACGGUCACAUCACAUCGCUCAGUGUCAUGCGUACUUACCGUCGCAUGGGGCUUGCUGAAAAACUAAUGCGUCAGGCUUUAUUUGCGCUGUCCGAAGUAUACAAGGCCAACUUCGUUUCUUUGCACGUCAGAAACUCCAAUCGCGCAGCUCUCCAUUUGUACCGCGACACCUUAGAGUUCGAAGUCUUGAACGUUGAGAAAAGCUACUAUUUGGACGGUGAAGACGCCUACGCCAUGAAAAAGGUGCUUGAUACGCAACAACUGCAGCCGGCCAAUUUCCAGCGAGGCUUGCUCCAGGACGACCUUGAAUGUGACUUAUUGGAUCCCAAUCCAGAGUCAUCUUUGCAAGAAGGCAUUCAAAAUAUCAAGGUUUAG